AUGCCUCAGCCUUAUCCUAACAGCAGAAAGAGGUGGCAGCGGCAGCGGCAGCGGCAGCGGCAGCGGCAGCGGCAGCGGCAGCGGCAGCGGCAGCGGCAGCGGCAGCGGCAGCGGCAGCGGCAGCGGCGAAUCUACCCCCAGUGCACUAACACUUGCGCGGCGCUCGGGGCGGCCGUGACGUCAGGCGCGCGGUUGCUACUCGUUCGCUUGGAGACAGAUGCUGCGUGUCCCGAGCGGCCCCGUGCAGUCCAGUCCCGACCGAACCAGUGUCCAGUCCAGCUCAUUCGUGGAGAGGAGAGGUACAGUUUGCAGUCCCUGAUGAACCAAGGGAAUCCUCCACCAUAUCCGGGCCCUGGUCCGUCGGCCCCAUACCCACCUUAUCCACAACAACCAAUGGGGCCUGAGGUCUACCCUCCAGGACCUAUGGGUGGACCCUACCCACCUCCUCAGGGAUACCCCUACCAAGGAUACCCACAGUACGGCUGGCAGGGUGGACCUCAGGAGCCUCCUAAAACCACAGUGUACGUGAUGGAACGGGAAAGGAAGACGCAAGACACCGGGUGUGAGGCAGCCUUGGCUGCAUGCUGGGCUGCCCUCUGCUGCUGCUGCCUCCUGGACAGCUUGGAUUGAGCAGCCAAGACCCAGGUUCUCCGUGGCCUCCAAGUGCUCCCUACAGGCUCUCUACCUGCUGUUACUGGAAUAAACAAUUACUGUUGCACAA